AUGUGUCAGCGUGCCCUGGAUUAUCUUGCACAUGGCCGAGCCGCUAGUACCGAAGGUCCCCCGAGGCGUGGCCGCGGCGGACGUGGUCGCGGCGGCUCGACGAGAGGUGCCGCUUCCGGCCGCGGAAGCCGUGGCGGCGGCGGCCCGGGCUCCCGUGGCGGCUCGGUGGCGCGUAAGCCGCGUAUCACCAAGCUGGAGAAGGCCCAGCUCGACCGCGAGAAGGCCGAGCGCGAGCGCCUGGCCCAGAUGGCGUCCAAGUCUGGCGGGGGAGGCGGCCUCGGCAUGCUCUCUGGCACGAGCCAGCCGUUCUCGGCUGGCAUGGUCAUCGAUCUGUAA